CAAUACGAGCAGUCGUGUUAUUUGUGCUAUCAUCACUACGACGGCAACAAAGACAUUGAAUCGAGAGAACAGCGAAGGACCAGUGUCAAGACAAAUUUAGCAAGUUGAGCAACAAAAACUUUAUCACUAUGCCCAACAACAAGAAAAAUGGACAGGUGAAAAUGUCGCUUGGGGAUUUUAUCGGGGGUGAACCAACGGGCAUGGCCGCUCUCCCUACGAGACCUAAGGAACGGGGGUAAGUGGAGUUGUUCAUACGACCUAUUGUUUAUCACUGCGCACUCAAAAAUUAUGCACACGUGUAUAAGUAAUGAGCUGAGUGCUUGCGGAAAAUGGGUAUUUUUUCGUUUCCGAAAUCGAGACUGGUUUGCUCACUAUGAAUGAAAUCCAUUGCACCCGAACCGAAUCCAAUGAACAGACCCGACGACGACGGUUCCUUUAAGCGUCGGAGUGAUUACGACAACAACCGCAGGGAUCAAGAAAUUUCUAGAAGCGACGGUGAUGACAACUGGAGACGCGGAGGAGGCGGUGAUAGUUUCCGAGGCGGUGGCGGAGGAGGCUUCGAUGACAGACGCAGCGGCGGAUACAACCGUGGAGGAGGUGGAGGAUACGAUCGUGGCGGCGGUAGAGGAUACGACCGUGGUGGAGGUGGAGGAUACGACCGUGGCGGAGGUGGAGGCUUCGAUCGCUACGAUAACAACCGCGGAGGUGGUUUCGAUCGGGGCAGUGGUUACGAUCGAGGCGGCGGCAGCGGUUUCGACAGAUUCGACCGAAACGACCGAAGAGGUGGAUACGACAACAACAACGACCGCAGUGGGUUUGAUUCCUUCCGUAGAGGAGGGGCCGAUCGUGGAGCGCCACCGGGUGAUCGUCGUGGCUUCUCCUCCUCUCAAAUCGGAGGUGUUGGUAGCGCCGGAAUGAGACCUAGAAUGCAACUCAAGAAGAGAACGGUUCCGCUACCGGAACCUCAGAAAGAAGAAGAGAAGAAGGAAGUUGCUCCCGUCGAAGACAAAACUGCGAAGGAGGAAGCGGUGGUGGAAGCCACGCAAGCGCCAGUAACAGAGUCAGCUUCUGAAAAGGACGAAACUCCCGUCGCGGAUGUCGCUGCCCCCGAACCCGAAGAGGAUGGUUGGGAAACAGUAGAAGGCGUAAAAAACAAAUCUUCUAAAGACGCUUCAAAGGCAGAAAAAAAAUCUAGCGAAGGAGGCAAAAAGAAUAGCGAAGAAAACGCCGAAAAGAGAAAGAAAAAGCGAGAGCCAGAGGUUGUCAAUUCGAGAGCGGCCAUGUUGGAAUCGGCUCCAACGAUCAAACGAGACGUAAGCACAAUCUCAAACAUCACGAUGGUUUAUAACAGCGUCUAUUCUUCUUUCUCACUGUUUUAUUUUUCAAAAUUCAAACUUAUUAACAAUCCAUGGGUAGUCAAAUGACGCGAACAACAACCGAAGGGACGGCGGCAGAAAUCGCGGACCUCCUCCGGUCGUUAACAAACGAUUUGAGCAACUCGCUGAUGAAGAGCGAGGAAAACAACAGGAACGUGAAGCUCGACGUGGACCCCCACCGGUUGCAGACUCCCGUUUUGCGGCAGCCGCCGAAGCCGACGAGGACAUGCGUCGCAGCAGAGACGAGUUUACCAGAAGUGAAGGUCCUCCAGCGGUCGUUAAUUCCCGUUUUUCGGCAGCCGUUGAAGCCGACAAGGACUACAACAGCAACCGCAACGACGAUUUUGACAAUGGCGAACGUGGCCCACCCCAGGAAACAAACUCGCGUUUCGCCGCAGCUGCCGAAGCUGACAGAGACAGGAACUACAAUCGCGAGAACAACUAUGACCGCGCCGAUCGUGGCCCACCACCCGUAGCAAAUUCUCGAUUUGCUGCGGCAGCCGAAGCCGAUAGAGACAGGAACUACAAUCGUGAGAACAACUACGACCGAAUGGACGAUCGUGAUCGCGGCCCACCACCCGUUGCGAAUUCACGAUUUGCAGCUGCUGCGGAAGCCGACAGAGAUUACAGCCGUGACCGUGGCGAUUACGACGGAGGACGAGGAGAUCGUGGACCUCCCCCCCAAGCCAGUUCUCGAUUUGCUGAUGCUAUGGAAAACGAUAGAGAUAGAUCGUACGAUCGUCAAAACAAUGGCAGAAUGGACAGUCGUGAUCGAGGUCCUCCACCGGUUGCCAACUCGCGAUUUGCUGCCGCCGCCGAAGCCGAUAGGGACUACAGCCGUGACCGUGAUGAUUACGAUGGAGGACGAGGCAACAGAUACCACGAUGACCGACGUGGAUUUGAUGGUGGAAGAGGCGAUAGAUACGAUGAGCAACCCAGAUAUCAGUCUCGUGUCCAGGAACCUCCGAAAUCAUCAGUUGCGGAUCUUUUGAAGCCAAAGGCUCGUCCAAUGGAAGAGAAUAUUUUGAAGGUACCGACCAAGGAGCAAGCCUCGAACUUCUUGGCUCCUCCAUCGAAGGCACAAUCCGAAAACGUGCUGAAACCACCUACCAAGGCUCCCGCCGCAUCACCGAAAGCAGCCAAGAGCAAGGCACCCGUGGCCGCCCCCGCACCAGCUGUGGACCACACGGCUCUUCUUGCCGAGUUUGCGAGUGGAAAGAAACUGGGAGACGACUUGAAGGCCUGGAUCGAAAGUCAGGCCGUUAUUCCUAGCGUAGAGAAGUUGGUCUUCCAUCUUUUGACAGAAACCCAGCCCCACAGCCCCGACGUUGAAUGUGAGUGGGCGGCACCCGAAAAAUACGGAGCGGCCCUCCUGUCCUUGGUCGAGGACGAUCUCUUGAAACAAAUGGGUGUUCUUUUUGCCGUUCAAAAGUAUUGUGACAAGAUCGGAAUGCCUAAGCUCGAUGACGAAUACGUCGUGCAGUCCAUGUUCAGAUCAAUGUACAAGUACGAUCUGGCAGACGAUGAAACAUUUGCUAUGUGGAAAGAAGACGAAUCUCCCGAGAACGAAGCCGGCAAGCUCAAGGCCGUGAUUCAAACAGUAGAUUGGUUCAACUGGUUGGAAGAGGAUGACGACGACGAUGAGGAAGAUUACGAGGACGAGGAGUAAAAGCGUGUGCAUCGUAAGCACGAGAUUGGUGUCCAACAUAACGAUUUGUGAAGUGCUGGAUUCACAUGCGUACUUCAGAUCUUACUACAAUGAAUAUUACUUAGCAGC